AACAGGCAGGGUGCGGUGAAGAUGGGCGAGAUCGGAGAGGCGCGGCGAGGGCGCACAGUGACAGUGACACGCGAGGUGGGGCUGUGGGCGCAGCCGCCUGCGGCUGUGCAGCUGCGAGAGCGGGAAGAAGAGAAGCAGAGGGCGGGGCGAGGAGGAGGAGCGGAGAUCGUGAUCCAGAGUCCGCCCAGUGCGUGCGCGCCCCAGGAGCGGAGAUCGUGAUCCAGAGUCCGCCCCGUGCGCGCUGCUGCGGUCUUCUCCGCUGUCGGCUUCUCCGAGAGCCAGGAUCUUGUGCUGUGAAGAAGUUUCCAAAGUGCCUCCUGUUAACCAGCAAUUCUGACCCACAGGGCCUGGAAAAAGAAGACUGUUAAGUCUGCAAGGGUGGUGGUGUCCUACUCAGUAACUCUCUGCACCACGGACUUGGGGCACACUUGGCCUUCUGCAUGGCACACCGGCUGCCACUCCGUCUACUGACAUGGGACGUGAAGGACACACUCCUCAGGCUCCGCCGCCCCAUAGGGGAGGAAUAUGCUGCUAAGGCCUGGGCCCAUGGGUUGAAAGUGGAGGCCACAGCCCUGGAACAAGCCUUUGGGCAAGUGUACAAGGCUCAGAACCACAGGUUCCCCACCUAUGGCCUGAGUCAUGGCCUCACCUCCCAACAGUGGUGGCAGGAUGUGGUCCUGCAGACCUUCCAAUUGGCAGGUGUCCGAGAUGCCCAGGCAGUAGCCGCCAUUGCUGACCAGCUCUACAAGGACUUCAGCAGCCCCUGCACUUGGCAGGUGUUAGAGGGGGCUGAGACCACACUGAGGAGGUGCCGAAAGCGGGGUCUGCAGCUGGCAGUGAUCUCAAACUUUGACCGGCGGCUAGAGGAUAUCCUGGUGGGUCUGGGCCUACGGGAACAUUUCGACUUUGUACUGACCUCCGAGGCUGCCGGCUGGCCCAAGCCAGACCCCCGCAUUUUCCACAAGGCCUUACAGCUUGCUCAUAUGGAACCAGCAGCGGCAGCCCAUAUUGGGGACAGUUACCGCUGUGAUUACCAGGGAGCUCGGGCUGUGGGCAUGCACAGUUUUCUGGUAGUUGGUUCAGAGCCUCUGGACCCCAUGAUCAGGGAUUCUGUACCUAAAGAAUAUAUUCUUCCCUCACUCUCCCAUCUCCUGCCUGCCCUUGACCAGGGUUCAGCCCCUGGGCUGUGAGUCUGGUGAAGAAGUUCACUGGGCCUAAACAAACGCUGGAGAUAGGGGGCCCCUCCUUUCUCCUAGAUAUGGACUGGGCUCCUCCCUGUGCAGCUGUGUAACUUGUUCUUUUUUGUUUUGUUUUUUUGUUUUUCCGGUACCGGGAACCGAACUCACAACCUUGUGCUUGCCAGGCAGGCACUGUGCCGCUGAGCUAAAUCCCCAGCCCCUGUGUAACUUGUUCUGACUAUAAAGGAGUGAGGGCUGAGCAUUGGGUCUUCCCCCACUCGCCAGCAACAGGUCUCUGAGCUCACUCAUUCUCACACCUAUGGCCCUUUCCUACCAUGAGCCUCCCACACCUCCACCCAUGUUCACUUUUGAGGGCUAGGUAUGCACCUCAGUGGGAGAGUGCUUGCCUAGCAUGGUGAAACCCUGAAUUUGAACACUAGCAGUGGAAAACAAAAAACAGGCCUUUUUGACCUUUUAGUAGCAUUGUCAUUGGGAUUCUGAAACCCCCGCUAUCAAAAUAAAGAACCUAGAGAAGCUGAAGCAGAAGUCCUAAGGCCUCUCAUUCAGCCUGAGACACCAGAGCUUAGUUUGGCAGUCAAAGUGCUAAGCUGUGCAGAGGGACACUGUAUACUAGCAAGCUUUAGUUUGAAAGGGAAGGAACUCUGCGGACAGCCUGCCCUGUGUUUGGUACGGUACUUCUUUAUCUGCAUAUGUAACCCUCAGAGCUCCCUAGUGGCCAGAGUGGUAUGACCCCAACUUACAAAUGGUAGGUAGCCUGCCUGAGGUCGCAGCAGGAGAGGGAACCAGGAUUGCAGUUUAGGCAUUCCUGACUCAAAAGCCUAUUGACUUGGCCAUUAGGUUUCAAGUAGAGAGGGACCCAUGUCACAUGAGGCAGAGCAGUGGAGAUCCUGGGAGAAUAGGAACAGUGCCCUGGAGGGUCCCCCAGUCAUAGGGAUACAUAGAGAUAGGAAAUGCAAUAGAAAUGGACUGGAGCUCAGGGCUGUGGGAGGAACAGUUGAAAGCUGAAAAAACAAAUUGGGUUUUAAAAGUUCCACUUGUUCCCUUAUCUCACCUAUCUACUUGGUAUUUACUGAAUACCCCUGCCUUGCCCUGUGUGAGGCACAGGGGAUACCAUAGGUUAAAAGCCUAGACAGAGCUAGGUGAGGUGGCCCACACCCGUUCUUCCAGCACUCUGGGAGGCUGAGGUGGGAGGAUCGAAAGUUCCAGUCCUGUCUGGGUAAUUUACUGACUUGGUGAGACCCCCAUCUAAAAAUAAGAAAGGGCUGGGAAUGUAGCUGAGAAGACUCUGGGUUCAAGUCCUCAGUACCAAAUUAAUAAUAAUAAUUUAAAAAGCAUAGUGACCCACAAAUGUGGUAUAUUGUUCUGGUGGCAAGAGCCAGGGGAAGGUCUGGAGAGGACACCGAGCUGGGUAUGGGGCUGGAGUGACAUUUGGGGAGGCAGAGAGAUGGGGGGUAUUCGUACAGCAGGCCUAUGAACUGUGGACUCCAGUCUGCUGCAGGGCGUUGGGUUGCGGGGGGACAUGGCUUUGGGGGCCUUCAGGUGACAAGCAGAAGAGGUUGGCUUUGAUUUAGAUACCUAGGCAGAGGCCAUGUCCAGGCAAAGGCUGGGACUGACAAAAUCUUUCUGUGUCUUUGUUGGGCCUGACUCCAAAGCCAGAUGACUUACCAGUAAUUCCUCAGAGUCAGGCAGUGCAGAGGUCAUGAGCUGUGGCCUCAGAGCUUCAAGCAUCUCAGAGAUCAUCUCAACCAAAAAUAUUGCCUAUCAGAGGCCUACGGACUUGAUCUACCCAGUAAAUACUGAACAAACCUAACAGUCAAAGAGAUUUCAUAUGAAGGUCUGGAGGCAUAGCUCAGUGGUAGCGCUUGCUUAGCAAAUGCUGGACUUGACCGCAGCACUGCAAAAAUAAAGAAAUUUCACAUAAAGA